GACUCGGGAGCUCGAGCCCAAGCGCCGCCCAUGCAGCAUCCCUGCGCUCCACCGACCGAGAGUUGAUGAUAAAAUACUUAGCCGUCUCCGCUGCGGGGAGCCAUGAGCUGUCUGGAUGUUAUGUACCAAGUCUAUGGUCCUCCCCAGCCUUACUUUGCAGCCGCCUACACCCCCUACCACCAGAAACUAGCCUAUUACUCCAAAAUGCAGGAAGCCCAAGAGUGCAACGCCAGCCCCAGCAACAGCAGCGGCAGCUCCUCCUUUUCCAGCCAAACUCCAGCCAGCAUAAAAGAGGAAGAAGGCAGCCCAGAGAAAGAGCGCCCACCAGAGGCAGAGUACAUCAACUCCCGCUGCGUCCUCUUCACCUAUUUCCAGGGAGACAUCAGCUCCGUGGUGGAUGAGCACUUCAGCAGAGCCCUGAGCCAGCCUAGCAGCUAUUCCCCAAGCUGUACAAGCAGCAAAGCACCCAGGAGCUCGGGGCCCUGGCGGGACGGCUCCUUCCCGAUGAGCCAGCGCAGCUUCCCCGCCUCCUUCUGGAACAGCGCGUACCAGGCUCCGGUGCCCGCGCCGCUGGGCAGCCCGCUGGCCACCGCGCACUCGGAGUUGCCCUUCGCCGCCGCCGACCCCUACUCGCCCGCCGCGCUGCACGGCCACCUGCACCAGGGCGCGGCCGAGCCCUGGCACCACGCGCACCCGCACCACGCGCACCCGCACCACCCCUACGCCCUGGGCGGCGCCCUCGGCGCCCAGGCCGCCGCCUACCCGCGGCCCGCCGCCGUGCACGAGGUCUACGCGCCGCACUUCGACCCGCGCUACGGGCCGCUGCUGAUGCCGGCAGCCUCGGGGCGCCCGGCCCGCCUCGCGCCCGCGCCGGCGCCCGCGCCCGGCAGCCCGCCCUGCGAGCUCUCCGCCAAGGGCGAGCCGACCGGCGCAGCGUGGGCCGCGCCCGGGGGACCCUUCGCGAGCCCCGCGGGGGACGUGGCCCAGGGUCUGGGACUCAGCGUGGACUCAGCUCGUCGCUAUUCCCUCUGUGGUGCAUCCCUCCUGAGCUGAUCUGCUGACCCAGGGUUUCCCCUUCCCUUUCCCUUCUGACCAGCUGUGGAGGCUCAGCAUCUGUGCCUCUCACUUCAUGGAUGAGGACAUGGGGGAAGGCAGAGACUUCAAACUUCUCCGUGUAUUGGGAAAACCAAAACACACAUCUACAGAAAUAUUAUCAAACCAUAAUUCCUUCUGUGGAAAGAGCAGAUCCAAAGACUGAAUUAUGUUGAAUGACUUUUGGGCACAUCACUGGAAAUAUCUGCGGUGAGGUCACUUAGAUGAUACGAUGUCAUAAAUUUUCCUGGAAAGAGGAGGAAAAAAAGAGACUUUUUGGUGUGAAUAUUUUUUAUGCUGAUGUGAAUUAUUUCAUUAAGUAGUGUGGCCGUAGCACUACGGAUGUCAGUAUCCUCACAUUUGAAAUGUAUUUGUAUUUGCAUCAAAGACUGUGGUAGAGAAGUAAAAGAGGCCAAUUCCUUCUUCCUCACCUCAUAGCCUCCAGUUCCCUUCCUGCCAGCUCCCUCGCUGCAAUACCCACUCCAGACACAAAGACACACUUUUUUCCUUUGGACUGUGAACAUGGAAGCCUCAGGCUAAAUGUGAGUGGCAAGUGGCUUAUCUGGAGCCACCUGCCCAAGUCUUACUGAAAUGCAGCUGUUGUAGGACAACUGUUUAAAACUCCAGAAAUACAUCGACCAAGGUGGCACUUCCCAGUGUUUGGCACAACAAUUGCAAUUUCACUGGAUAUAUUUUAUAUGUGUGUGUGUGUGUAGAUAUAUAUCAUAUUUUUUACGAGGAACGUUUUACGAUGAAAGAAGAAACCCUUCUCUGCCUUCUCUCCCACAAAUUCUGCCUCUCCUUCUAUCCUCCUCUGGAUGAAAAGAAGCAACAAGAGAUCCCCAACUGUCUCUGUGAAGAACUAGGAAUCACCACAAGGGGAAGAAAUGUCCAUGGAGUCUCUAAUACCUCGAAUAUUCCUCUCAGUCUCUAUGGUCAUGAUUUGGGCACUUCAGUUUUGGGACAGGGGAAGGGGUCUGUGCGUGGGCAAAAUUGAAGGUGAUGAGGAAGAAGGAACAAACAUUAAAGAUGUCUCUUUACUACAAGGUAACUGUGUUAUUUCAUAAGAAGAAAAUAAAUGUCCUAGUCUUUCUCCAGUAGAA